AUAAGUACAUUUGAUAAUUUAGCGGUGAUUUCCGAUGAAUUUGUCAAAAAUGAUCAAUCAUUUGAAUCUGUAACAACGAGAAUUGUUGAUAUUCUUUGCAGUCUAUUGAAAGGAGACACUGAUCAAGUCGAAGCAAAUUUAAUGGUAAAUGAUAAACAUUUUGUUUUAGAUUCUGAAUACUUGGAAAGUAAAAAUCUUUAUAAAGAAUGGUACUCUAAAUAUGAAACUAUUAUUCAAAUGAUUGUACUGCAAUCUUCUCAAAAAAUUGCAGAAGAUAGUGAUUAUGGAUUGUUUACAAAAUGGUUAGUGAAGAAUGAGAUGGCUAAUCAUCAUAAAGAAUUUGGGGAAGUUGGAGCUACAGAAAAAGAAUUAUGGACAUCAUUAUUAAGAUUGGCAACUAUGAAUUUUGGAAAAGUAUUUGUAUCAUGGGUUCACUUGAAAAUAUUAAGAGUUUAUGUUGAAUCUGUAUUGCAUUAUGGAUUACCACCUGAUUUCAUGUCAGUUAUAAUAAAGAAAAUAAGAGAAAUACUAAAUACACAAUAUGGAAAAUAUGGAGGGGAAUUGGGUAAUGAGUCAAGUAAAGUUGAAAAUAUUGAGGAAUUCCAUAAUUUGGUUGAUAAAGAUUAUUAUCCAUAUAUGUGUGUUGAAAAAGCAGCAAACCCUGCACAACCAAAUAAAACAGCCUGA